CGAUCCGCCCGCUGCGCCCCGAGGAAGGCCAGAGCGCUUUCGGCCGCCCCCGCGCCUGUCUCGAGUCAGUUUGCCCGCGGAUCCUCCGCCGUCCCGAGUCGCGUCGCCUUCCGGUUUCCCGCCGACAUCCGAGCCGCGCUUCCAGCCGAGCUUUUCCGGCACGAGGUCGCCCGGAGCGUCGGAAAGCGCGCGGAGUUGCGGAAGAUGUGAAAAAGUUCCUCGCGAAGCAUCGAAAGCUCCCCGACGCCUCUCCCGCAUCCCCGAGAGCCGAGAUCGGCGCCCUGAGUGAUCGCGUGUUACGAGUCGGAGUCAAGUUCGAUCCGUCGAUUCGAAUCGGCCGGAGGUUCGAAGGCUGGCAUGGGGUCGACGCCGAUCCUCCUCGCCCUCCUCGCCCUUCUCGCCCUGCUCGUCGGCGCCGAGACGCGGGCGGCAAAACCCGAAUCGAGCAACCGGCAGCGCUUUACGAUCGAGCAGCUCUUCUCGAUCGAGUUUCCAACCCUCAUCACCGGCGACCUGGACCUCGACGUCUGCAAGGCUGGUGGUUUUCUCGGUGAUAUCGCAUUGCCAAAUAUCAAAUACGAGACAGAAUGGCGACAGCAAAAGCUCAACAAAAGCUACCUCGAAGAGUUGGAGAAAUACAGAGACGAGAUUCUGAACGAGGGUCUUCAAGUCGAAGAAGAAGGCCUCACGGAGGUCUUGCAGUUCAAAAAGAAACAUGAUGGGGCUGAAGGAUUCAGCUCGGAGGAGGCAGGACUUCACCUGACCGAGGGAGGCUCGGAGGGAAUCAUGGUUAGCAGAAACGAGUACGAAAUCGGAGGAUCCGACUUUGGUGAAGCCUUUGAGUUCAGUCCAACGGAGACGAAGAACUCGCCGGCGAACUACGGGGUUGAUUCAGGAUCGAGUAAAGUAGAGAAGAAGGAAUCAUCGCGCGUGAGGCACGCCGAUCAUCGAAGCAAUCGAGAUCACCGGAUCGACGCGGUGGAAACCGAGAGUAAAAAUCUCCGGAAAAAUUCAGAACCGACCGAAUUACCACGGGAAGUAAGAUUACGCCAUCCGGGUUACCAAGAAGCAUCAUCCGGACCCACGUCUCAGCUCCCUGAAAUUUCGGAGUCGGAAAACGGCGGGAAUAAAAAACGUCGUCGUCGGCAUCAGAGACACAGAGAAGAACGUCACUUGAUAGUCAACGACGAGCUCGACUCUUCGAGUGAGGUUGUGUCUCUUCACGACCGGCGUCUUCGCUCAAUAGAAUUCUACAACGAGCACAAGCCAAAGUACCAAUUGAACACUCGAGGUACGUCCUUCUCGAGGACUUCGCUUCGCGUUCGAUCCCGACGUGCAGCAACCGCUCGUAAAGAAAGGGUUUGGGACCACGGUGUAAUCCCUUACGAGAUAGACGCGAAUUUCUCAGGUGCUCACAAGGCGCUCUUCAAGCAGGCGAUGAGACAUUGGGAGAAUUUCACGUGCGUCAAGUUCGUCGAACGAGUACCACGAGAGCAUCCAAACUACAUCGUCUUCACCGAAAGACCGUGUGGGUGCUGCUCGUUCGUUGGAAAAAGGGGUAACGGACCGCAGGCAAUAAGUAUCGGGAAGAACUGCGACAAGUUUGGAAUCGUGGUCCACGAGCUUGGCCACGUGGUUGGUUUUUGGCACGAGCACACUCGCCCGGACCGAGACAGACACGUUCAGAUUAUACGCGACAAUAUAAUGAGCGGUCAAGAGUACAACUUCAACAAGCUGACAGAAGAGGAGGUAAACUCGUUGGGACUCCCGUACGACUAUGAUUCGAUAAUGCACUACGCGAAGAAUACAUUCUCGAAAGGAACAUACCUGGACACUAUACUGCCGAUGGAGACACACGGUAAAAAGCGUCCGGAAAUCGGUCAGCGCAUCCGGCUCAGCGAGGGGGACAUAGCGCAGACCAAUUUGCUUUACAAGUGUCACAGGUGUGGAAGGACCUUCCAAGAUAACGCUGGUAGCUUCGGUUCCCCCGUCUAUCCGGUGGGCUCGUCAAGCCCGGAAGGCGAGCGGUGCGAAUGGCGGAUAACGGCGACUCACGGUGAGCGGAUCGUCCUGAAUAUCACCUCGCUGGACAUAUUCACGAGCGAUUAUUGCAGGAGCGAUUACAUCGAGAUCCGGGACGGAUACUGGCACAAGAGCGCGGUCUUGGGGCGAUACUGCGGCAGUGGGAGGAUCCAGGAGCCGGUGAUAUCGACGGGAAGUCGGAUGCUGGUCACUUACGUGACCUCCAAUCACCACAACGGGCACAGAGGCUUCACCGCGAACUACGAAGCUGUUUGCGGUGGGGAGCUGGAACUUGACGGUGUUGGUCACCUGGAGUCUCCGAAUUAUCCUGAAGACUACCAGUCCAGCAAGGAAUGUGUGUGGAAGCUUUCGGUUCCGCACGACUAUCAGGUCGCCCUGAAAUUCCAGUCCUUCGAGGUGGAGAACCACGACAACUGCGUUUACGACUACGUCGAAGUGCGCGAUGGCCACAAUCCUGACUCGCAUCUGAUCGGCGUCUACUGUGGUUACAAGGUGCCACCCGACAUCAGAUCCACCGGGAGCCAGCUGCUCGUCAAGUUCGUCAGCGACGGUUCGGUCCAGAAGGCUGGAUUCUCGGCGACUUUCAUGAAAGAGUUCGAUGAGUGCGUGCUGAUCGAUCAUGGCUGCGAACACGAGUGCAUCAAUACCCUGGGAGGCUACGAAUGCUCGUGUAGAGUUGGAUUCGAGCUGCACUCUGAUGGAAAACAUUGCGAAGAUGCAUGUGGGGGGAUAUACGAUAUGAGUAACGGAACGAUAACGAGUCCGUCCUUCCCCGAGGCGUAUCCGGGCAACAAGGACUGCGUGUGGGAGAUAAUAGCCCCGCCACAGUACCGGAUAACGUUGAAUUUCACGCAUUUCGAUUUGGAGGGUAACAACGUUUAUCAGCAAGAGUGCGAGUACGAUUCCGUCGAGGUACACAGCAAGCUGGGCGACGACGUGCUCCGGAAGCACGGUAUAUACUGUGGUGGAAAAUUUCCUCCUCUUCUAACUUCUGAGGGUAAUUCAAUGCGCAUUACCUUCACGUCUGAUAACAGCGUCCAGAAGUCAGGAUUCGCAGCAGUGUUCUUUACGGAUAUGGACGAGUGUGCGAUCAACAACGGUGGCUGUCAACACGAAUGUCGAAACACGAUAGGAUCGUACCAGUGCUUUUGUCACAACGGAUUCACGCUCCAUGAGAACGGUCACGACUGCAAAGAGGGUGGCUGCAAGUACGAGAUCACCUCGUCAUCGGGUACGAUUACCUCUCCAAACUACCCGGAGUACUAUCCAGGACGAAAGGACUGCGUUUGGCACUUCACAACGACAGCGGGACACAGGAUAAAGCUGACUUUCAACGUAUUCGAGAUGGAACCCCACCAGGAAUGCGCCUAUGACCACAUCGCGAUAUACGACGGGGACUCACCGGAUAGUCACACUCUGGGAAGGUUCUGUGGCAGUAAAGUCCCGCACCCAAUCCUGGCGACGGGUAACCAGAUGUACAUGAUCUUCAAAAGCGAUGAGUCCGUGCAGAGGAAAGGAUUCCUAGCGACACAUACGACUGCCUGCGGUGGUCACCUGACGGCCAGUGAAACACCAAAGUAUCUCUACUCCCACGCGAAGUUUGGUGACCACAAUUACGAGCACAUUUCCGACUGCGACUGGGCGAUAGAGGCGCCGAUUGGAAAAAACGUUCAUCUGUCCUUCAAGUCCUUCAAGCUUGAGGACGAGAGUGGAUGUCGUUACGACUUUGUCGAGGUCUAUGCGAGCUUGGACACCUCGGGUCCGAGCUACGGAAGGUUCUGCGGAGACUCGAAUCCCACGGACAUUAUAUCGAUGAACGAGGCACUUCUGAUCAGGUUCCGAUCCGAUGAUUCGAUAUCGAACAAGGGUUUCUCCGCCGAAUAUUACGCCGUUGAUUCCCAGGACAGCGAGGAGUUCAUCGAGGGUGGCGAGGACGAAGAUGACGACAAUCUUUGAUCGAGCGUCAUCAAUGUUAUUCGCGAGGAUAAUCAAUUCCUUGUACCUGUCUCACGAGCAAUAAUUCCUCGAUGAACGUGGGUGCGAAAAUUCUACCACCAGCAUCUCUUCGAUCGUUUUGCUCUUCGAAUGACGUGUGAUAUGAUGUUUCUCUGUUUUUAAUCAAACGUAUUCCAAUAAGAAGAGCCUCGAUUUUGGUAUAACGACUGAUGUUUCAACAAUUGUCGUAGGUGAUAAAUUUGACGGUGUAAGAAUAUGAGACAACGUUAUUUGACAUGAAAAGCAAGAUUGCGUUCAUGAUAAUAAUAAUAAUGAUAAUAAUAACGUUGAUAGUUAUAAUUACGAUUAUUGUUACAGUUAGCCAUUAAUGGUACUGGCAAUAUACUGUAAAAACAAUAUUUAGUGACGAUCAUCGUGAUGAUUAUAAAAUGUGUUAAAGAGACGAACUUUGGACUACGUGCCACGAACUAUAUCUAUAUGUAUGCGCAUAAGUUUAAUUUAAUCCAAAGGUCGCCCAACUUAAACUAUACGUAUACAUAAUUAUAUAUAUACACAUAUAUCUAUAAUUCUAUAUACAUGCAUGUAUACAUUAAACGACAUUAAUUGGUUAUUUUAAAUCUCAGUAUGUCAUUUUUAUUCUUCGAUGUUAAUUACUUUUUAAUAACACAAGCGUUAGAUAGGUUGUUGUUUGAAUUUAAUAAAAGCAACAAAGAAUCGAUCCGUAAUGUAUAGAUAAUACGAAAAGGUACAUGGACGGUUGAAGUCCAUUAUUGUACAUGACAUAAAUGACAGCGGCUCUGGUACAAAAAGUGAAUAAAUAAAUAAAUAAAUAAAUUUAAGUAAACAUGAAUAAAGAUAAGAGCAAUUUAUAUUUUCAUUUUCCUCUCUUGUAUUUUGACACUGAUUUUGUCAUGGAUAAAAUUAAGCUAUAUGUGAUCAUUCAUGUACUGCUAUAUUGUUCGUAAUAAUAGUAUAUUAAGUACUAUAGUCGGAUUCUUUGUAUGUACGUAAUAACAUCAAAUGCUCAAACAACCGAAUUUCUCCGUUCAUAUCGACUGCGAAUUGAUUUUUUAAACUUAGCGGUUUUUCCUGAAACUCGUAAUAGUUUUGAGAAAGUAAUAAUUAGUAUUUAAACUAAUAUUCAUUAUAUCCACAUAAAACAGAAGGAUUAAUUUCUGUCAGUGUAAGACAAAAUAGUAGAAA